GGAAGGAAUUAUAGGAAGGGAGUGCAGAGGUCAACAGAAUCAAAACAGAGAAAAAGAAGGGGGCCCCAUGUGGUCGCACGACAAAACAAAAAAGUUUAAUUUUAUCACCACAGUGGUUAAUUUUUGAGAUGUAAAUCCGAAAUUUAGUACAACGGCUUAUAUCAAGUGUCAUGGUAAAAUUUCAAGUUUAAAAUGACAAGUUUUGGCUGGAAAAGAAAAAUAGGAGAACAUGUUUCCAAAUCAUCUGCACUAGCAUUCAAAGGAAAUACUGGAGCACACGAGACUGAGGAUGAAGAAUGCAAUGUGUUUGACUGGUUAGAUACAAACAAACGAUUCAAAAUCAGCCUUGAAGAUGCAUCUUCAAAGAGCAAGAGGCUGAUACAAGAGGGCAAUACAUUAGCGGAAGCAGAGAGGUAUUGGGAGGCUAUUAACAAAUGGAAUGAAGCUCUUCAAUUAACUCCUCAUGAUGAAACUUUAUAUGAAAUGAAAGCUCAGGUUUUGAUGAUAUUACAUGAGCACUGGCCAGCGAUCAAGUCAGCUGAGAAUGCUGUUAAAAUUAGUCCAACGUGGUGGCAAGCGUAUCAAACACUGGGUAGAGCGCAGUUAGGUCAAGGAGAAAUUCUGUUGGCUAAAAGGAACUUUUCAAAAGCAGUACAUAUAUGUCCAGUUGACGAUGAGUUAUGGAAAGAAGAUCUGCUGUGGGCACACUCAUUGUGGAAAGAGAAGCUUGCUCGAGACGAAGUUCAUGAAAAAUCAGAUAACAGUACAUGAUGCAAAAAUAAAGUUUAAAAAAACAAAAUAGUAAGACGCCCAUUGUACGUACCCAUUGGUACCAAGGGGUGUUCGUAAAUUGAAAAAUUUAUAAACUAGAGCAGGUGUCAGUUUCCAAUACCUAGGCCUAGCUAGCGUUGGUAGUUUGUUGUUUUGGUUAGGUUUAUCACAUUAAAAUAGUGAUUAUUAUACCAAAAAUGGAAAAAAAGAUUGAACUAUUUAUAAAUAAUACAACUAACUUGAUUUUAUUAAGAAAAUUAUACAUUAUCACUUUGUAAGACAUCCAUAGUCGGACCUUUUUUUAUGGUAAUAAUUGGUCGAUGAUGACGUCAUCAGGGGCAAAGACUAUUUGUAAAAUGGACAUUUUACUGCAAACAUAAUGCCAGACACAAGCAGUUUAUGUCAAAUAUAUAUCUCCUUUCUCCACGAGUACUUGAUGAUGCAAUGCUGUCUACUGAUGGUCAAUAAAAGUGAUUCAUUGCACGCGCCUCAUUGCGUUGGCAACAACUGUCAGUGCAGUGUGUCCAGCUUAAUAUGUGGUAGAGAAUGUUUUAAAAUGUAACUUUUGAAAUUUCAAUUUUUUUCUUUUUCCAAGUUAGUUAACAUUAUGUACAGUAAUGUAGAUAAAAGUUAGUACAGAAAUAAAUAUUUUAAUCAUGAAGAACCAAUUAUUAAUUUUAUAUAUUAUUUGAAACUAUUAUAUAUGUAAUUUGAACGUAAAGAUAAAGGUACAUCAGAAUGUCAGGGUUGGACAGUCCGACAACAGUAAACAAAAUAUUUAAAUAUACACUAGCUUCACUAAUUCUAGCAGCCAACUACUGUCUUUAUAAAUUGCAGACCAUUGUUUUUAGGCAUGGAUGUUUCUUUAGUAGGAAUAUAAACUCUGAACAUAACACCCUUAACACAGAUUGAUCAACACCGUAUUUAGAUUCAUGUUCUAUAAAUGCUCUGGAUUUACGUGUGAUUACAAUACCAUCAGGACAAAAGGCUACUAGGCGAAACACAGCAAACUUGCUGUGUUGAAAGUACCAACUUAUUCUCUCAGGCAUGAGUUUGACCAUUCGUGAAACAGCGGGUGGUAGUUUAAUAGAUUUCAUUCCCGUUGACUAGUAGUGGUAAUCUUAUGGGGCGAUGUCUUUAUACAACCAGAAAAAAAAUAAAAUAAAUACAAGAUAACUGAACAAGACAAAAGAUUAGCUCUAUUUUGUUUUCUAUGAAGAUAAAUUGUCUUAAAUAUUCUUCCAUCUCCAUUCACCCUCACGGUUGUUCA